AUGCAGCGUGGCCUUCCUGAGCGGCGUCAGAUCAAGGAUGUUGCCAAGGUCAUCGCCGUAUCCUCCGCGAAGGGCGGCGUAGGGAAGAGCACCAUCGCUGCGAACCUGGCCCUUUCAUUUGCGAGGCUGGGCCACCGCUCGGGAAUCCUGGACACAGACAUCUUUGGGCCGUCGAUACCCACGUUAUUCAACCUCAACGAGGAGCCUCGGCUCUCCGCAAAUAAUCAGCUGCUUCCCCUAUCGAACUAUGGGGUCAAGACCAUGUCGAUGGGCUACCUGGUCGGGGAGGACGCCCCUGUCGUGUGGCGCGGCAUGAUGGUCAUGAAGGCCUUGCAGCAGCUUCUUCACGAGGUUCACUGGGGCGGUCUGGAUGUGCUUGUCUUGGACUUGCCCCCAGGCACUGGUGACACGCAGUUGAGCAUCACGCAACAGAUCGUGCUGGAUGGCUCAGUAAUAGUGACAACACCGCACUCCCUCUCGGUGAAGGAUGCGGUCAAGGGCAUCAACAUGUUCAAGAAGGUCAACGUGCCCCUCCUCGGCCUCGUCAACAACAUGUCCCUCUUCACCUGCCCGGACUGUGGCGGCCACCACCACAUCUUCGGCUCCAGCGACGGCGUGCAAAAGGUGUGCACGGAGCACGACAUCGCGUUCCUCGGCGACAUCCCGCUGCACCAGAACAUCGGUAGCCACGCGCAGGAGGGCAAGCCGACCGUCGUGGCGGAGCCCGGGAGCGAGCGGGCUGAGGUGUUCCUGAGGAUCGCGAGGGAGCUGGGUGGGAAGAUUGGGCUCUAG